AUGCCCAUCCCUCCCCCUCCUCCCACCUCCAGGAGGACCCCACCUCCCCCCACCUUCAGCCAGGCCAACACCAGCCCCCCCAAACUGAGCAAAGAGGAGACUAAAGGCCGCGGCGCUCUGCUGUCUGACAUCUGUAACGGCACCCGGCUAAAGAAGGUGGCGGUGGUGAACGACCGCAGCGCUCCCAUGCUCGACAAGCCCAAAGGAGGCGGAGCAGCGACAGGGGGAGCCAAUGGCAGCGCAGCCGGAAGUCCUUCAGGUUCUGUUCCACCGAUUGGAGGACUGUUCACAGGUGGCGUCCCCAAACUGAGACCGGUUGGCGACGGUUCCUCGGGACGUUCUCCCUCCACUCGUGCCGCAGCACCCCGCCCGCCCAGCCAUCGCCACGAUGACGCAGACAGUCCUUCCCCUCAGGCGUUGUCACCCAUGGAGACGAGUCGUACCCAGCGGCCCUCUCUGCCCAACCUGACCUCCUCUCCCUCACCCUCCACCCCCUCCUCUGCAGCUUCCUCCCCCUCCACCAGCAUGAAGCACUCCUCCUCCGCCCCCCCUCCCCCUCCUCCUGUCUGUCGCCGUGGAAACGCCCCCUCUCCUCCCUCCUCUUCCUCUGCUUACAACAGAGAGAAGCCCCUCCCCCCAACCCCUAACAACACUCCUCCCCCUCCCGUCAAACCUCCCCCUUCUCCAGGCAACAGCAGACGUCCGCCCACCUCAGGUGGAAACCCCGGCGCCUCCUCCACCUCCUCAACUCUGGCUCCACCCCCUCCACCUUACCGCAUCAGUAAUGGCCCCACAUGUGGAAGUGGCGAGGCCGCGCCCGAGCUGCCACAGCGUCACAACUCGCUCGGCAACAAGAGGACUGCCCCCUCACCUGGAGGCCACACCCCCACCAGAGGCCCCGCCCCUCCACCUCCUCCUGCUUCCCCCACCCCUUCUCAACAGGGCGCCAACAGGCCACCACCCCCCAUCCGAGACGUUCCAGGUAGAGGGGCAGCCCCUCCUGUUCCCGCUCAGCCUUCUGCGUCGAGGGCGGGAGGCAGAGAAGCCCCGCUCCCCCCUCCUUACAGGACACACGGUAGCCCCUCCCUCUCCUCUGACCCCCCUGUCAGAGGGAAACCUCCUCCCCCGCCAACCCGCACCCCGGCUGCUCCUCCCCCGCCUCCCCCUCCUAUCCGCAACGGACACUCCUCCUCUACCACCUCCUCUUCCAUCCCUCGUUCAUUUGUCGAUGAUUUCGAGUCCAAGUAUUCAUUUCAUCCUCUGGACGACUUCCCUCCUCCCGACGAGUACCGACACUUCGCCAAGAUCUACCCAAGCAAGGCCAACAGAGUGAUGAGAGGAGCUCCCCCACUGCCACCUGUCGGCAGGUGAACCAUGACAAGGACUACACGGCUGGACCACACACACACACACACACACACACACACACACACACACACACACACACACACACACACACACACACACACACACACACACACACACACACACACACACACACACACGCUCUACCCCGCUUCCUGUUUGAUGACAUGACGUCCAGCUUUUAUCAUCACCGUCGCCUUCAUCACCACCUCAUCUGAGAUCAUGGCUUAUUGCCCCCAGGGAAAGCUCUGAUCUGACUGGCUGAGGGGGAGCUCUCACCUGAUUGGCCGAUGAGACCUCUGAUCUGAUUGGCCGACGCAGCAGAACCGCGUUAAACUGCUCAGGAAAUGAUGCAGAGUGUUCAGAGUGAUGAUGACGAGUUGUUUCCUGCUCUACAAACUUGUUUCAGCUUCUCCUGUAACAGCAGACACAUUGGAUGAUCUCUUUACCUACUUACCCCCGUGAGUUGGAAUGACAUUGUUGACAUCUAACAAAAGCCCCCCCCCCCUGCAGUUUUUAUUUUUAUUUUUAUUUUGCACUUGCACUUUUUGUUGGAAAAAAAACCCAGCUGCUCCACCUGUCGACCACUGUCUGACACAUGAAGGAGAACAGUUUGUGGAGCCAAAAGCUGCUUCAGGGACACCUCAGACUGAAUGGAUAUGAACUUAAAAUGAUAAAGACGGAGUGUGUUGUGGAGCUGCGUUUCCAUUAUGAACAACAGCAGGUCAAUAUUUUUGGGGAGAAAGACUUUUCUGAGAGCUUGCCUGGUGUGUAAGCGCUCGUGACAGCUCCUCUGCACAUCUACCUACAGUGCUGUCAAUCAUGGCGUCAUACUCCUUUUAUAGUAUCCCAUAACUAUUAAAAAUGAACAUAAAUCAGCAUGAUAAGAACUAACUAUAAUGACAGCCUGUCUACAAACCCACAAAUUAUGAGAAAAGUCCAUCCUCUCUUGUCUUUUGCCUUCCCUAGUUUCAGAAAAUGUGUGCUUAAACAGGCAGUUUGGAGGUUUUCCCUUUGUGACGUCACAAAGGGCAGUAACCCCUCCCCCAUGGUGGGUGACACUCCCGCAGCUAGGUGUUUGUUCUGCCGAAAAAGCGAGAAAGCCCAAACUACAUCCCCUUCCAGAGAGGGGGCGUGGUCAGACACAGCUCAUUUACAUAUUUAAAGGUACAGACACAGAAACAGUCUGUUCUGAGCAGGGCUGAAAUAGAGGGGUUUAUAGACAUGAUCAAAUACAGGAUCAGAGUGGAUUUAGAACAAGGAACUUCACACACAUGUUUGUUUUUUUUUAAACUUCUUGAAAAGGAGGAUAAUACGUGACCUUUAACUAAUGUCCCAUCUGUUAACAUGGAGAAGGCGAGCGUUAUUACCUUUACGGGUUCAAGUUAGUAGGGGGAGCCCCAAAUGUUUCGGCUUCACUUUCAGGGUAUGCUGAUGGUGAUGUCCAUCUUUUUACGCGGUCUCUGGGAGGGAGAAACUUAACGACAAAAAAAAAAAGUUUUAGACUGAAUAUGUUUAAGCAGCAAAGUGAUGAAGUGUUCAGUUUUAAUGUUUUUAAUUCAGACGUCCUCAUAAACCACAAAAAACAAACUCACUCUGCUCCUCGAGAGAGAGCUGGAUCUGGAUUUAUAUCAAGAAGGUUCUGAAGAAAGUAGUCUGGGAUCAUAUCCUGCUUCACUCUGACACUCUGAACCAACAUGGAGGAUGAACCGUUUACAGACUGCCAUGACGACACGUGUAACACCUGUAAAUACUUGGGCUAACCUGCAUCAUGUAAGCCCUGCGACGCGCUUCAUUUUCAUGGUUACGUGACCCGAUGUGACCUCAGACAGAGACACGGAUCAGUUUCUGAGGAGGUUGAAUCUUUAAGUGCCAACGUGGACAGAAAAUUACCUGACCCCCCCCCCUACUCCCCUCCCUUGACUCCUCCCCCUGCUGCAGGUAGCGUGGCGGGUCAUACCAUGUUGCUCUGAUGUAAGGGGGGUGAAGGGACAGACAAUCACGGCCACACAGGAAGUCUUCCACCUGCAGCAGGGACUCUUACUCCCAUUUCUCUUACUUCCUCUCUCCUUUGUGCCCAUUUCAUUUUGCUCAUUACUAUCCAUCCUUUUCCUCCUCUUUUUGCGCUCCUCCCAUUCUUCCUUCUCAUCCCUCCUUGCUUGCUCCUCCCUCGUGCUUUUUCUCAUUUCUUCAGUUCUAUCUUCCCUCCCCUUGCACCUUUUUUACCAUCUCCCUCCUUCCUGUCCUCUCUCCCUCCUUCCUCUCUCAAUCCAGCCUCCGUUCCCCUUUGAUCCUCCUCUUCGUUCCAUGUUUUUUUUUUGUUUCUCUUCAUCUUUGAGCGUUUUAUAAUUGUCGUCAUGACGCCGACAUCUCCAUUUUCUACAUGCAGUGUUCAAAAAAAUAAUAAUUCACCCAUAGUUCAAAUUGUUUCAUGUGAUGAGAUAAUAACCGUGGCUGUCAGGACGAGACAACAGAAAAUGUAUUAUAUAUGAAAAUUGUCAAUAUUCUACAUGUAUAGUGAUUUAUUUUUAUGAGGAGAAGUCGCAGUAAUUGAGAAUGAAAUCAAAAUAUUAUGAGUAAAAAGUCAGAAUCAUAAAAAAAUGUAUGUUGAUGUAAAGAAAAUGAAAACAUGACGGUAAAUCUGUGAAGUUUUGAUAAGAAAUAAGACGUGAGGAAGUUUGUAUGGAAGUCAUAGGCAGGUCAACAUAAUGAGAUAAAGCCACUUGUCCACCUAGCGUUUUUUUUUUUUUACGUGUGAAAUAAUGACUUUAUCUCAAUAUCAGGAUUUUAACGAUGAAAAUUUGCUUUUCAUUUUAUUAAAUUGGUCAUAAGAUAAGAACUUUUUCUUUAGCAUCACAGCGGUUUCUCGUAACAUCAUUUUUUUUAAAUCUGCAAAUUAAGACUCUUAAAGUGGACUGUGGUCCUCUCUCAUCGUCCGUCCUGAAACUGGGUCACUUGGUCAUCACUAUCUCCACUUGUCUUAAUGAACCUGAAUGGAUUGAGUUCAUUAAUUGAUUUCCUCUGUCAGUGCCGCAGGAGAACAUCAGUUCCUGUUGUACUCUUCUUCUGUGGUUUAAAUUCUGUUUGUUUUUUUUUCAUUUUGGUUUGUUGGUCCGUGUGGGGGAGCAGGUUUCCGUUUUUCUUGUUUUAGUGAUUGAAAAAAAAAAAAGAAAAGAAAUCGCAGGUCACACUGAUGAGUUUUGUUUGAAAGUUUAGGUGAACACCUUCAUCGAUGUGAUUAUUUAACAUUUUGAUGACGAGCUUCAGUCGCAGUUGAACACGAUUCAUCUCAACCUUUUAACGACAAACCUCCAUUUACCUCCGGCCUUCUUAAAGUCAGCCAUGUUUACUGCUAACAGCGACCCUGAAGGCCCCGUUCCUCUUCAUCGUAACAAGUCAUCACGUUGUUCUCCCAAUCUGCAUCGGCCUAUUAUCAACAGAACGUUAAAAUAGCAAUAAUUUGAAUGGGGUUUGGUGAGCGAUUUUUCCAACAGCUUUGCACCGUAUUGAAGUGUAAUCUGGUGUCAUGCAGAAAUGUGGCUAAUCAGUCGCUCCCUGCUAAGUGCUUAAUGCUAGCUCUUUAACUCAGUAUAACGCCAAGAAAUUCAGCCAGUCUCACAGAUGACCGAAGAAGAUCCUGACGUAUGAACUAAUUCAGAAGUAGACCAGAUUAGAUUCUGAAUCGAAUCGCGGCCCCAAUAAUCGAAAUCGAUCGAACCGUGAGACACCCAAAGAUUCCCAGUCCUACCCAACACCGAUCAUUUACUUCUAAUGGCAACACUUGAUUUCAGUAAGAUGUCAACCGAAUGCAAAUAUCAAAACCAGCUGUUUGCAUGAAGCUGUUUGGUACCAGACUGAAAUCAAAUAUCCGCUGAUGUCAUCUUUUUUUCUUUCUGGUCUGGGCAAAACAUCUUUAUCUGUCAUUCAGGUUGAUGAUUAAAGCCCAUUAAAGAGUUGCACAUGUGCAGUAGAGACGUUGGUAGAGAUGUUGGUGCAUCGUUAACUGCGACAGGAAGUUGUAAGCCCCUCCCCCCAUCUGCCUUACAAACUGUUUGCUGUAAAACUUCAGUCAUAAACUGUAAAACUAAUCAUGUUGAUAAUGUUUAAAGUGACUUAUUAGGAGGACAGACAGUCGUUCUAACCGUAGUGAUCAAAGUAGCUUUAGACUCAAACUGGGACUGAUGGUUCGUUAGAUUCCCAGUUUAACAGCAUGCUCUCUCUAACUGGUCUCUGUACUUUAACUGCAGCUGUCUGAAAUAAACUCUCAAACUGUU